UCUGGCGCUCUUUUUUUUCUUUCUCUCAACGAGUCUGAUACCAUUCUUUUCUUUAAUGUUGCAAAUAAUUCCGCGCAAGCUACUUGCUAUUUUAUUGAUGAAUAAUUUCGCUUGGCUGUAGGUAAUCAUCGGGGUAAUAAUUGUGUAUUAUACAGGAGGUCGUAACGAAUAUUAAUCGCCGGGGUAAUUAUUGUGUAUUAUACAUGAGGUCAUUUGAGUACCAAUGAUAUAUGUAUAUUAUACUAUAACUUUCAAUAACUUUCAAUAAUAUUAAAAGGAACAAUGGAGAAAUGAAUAGAAAUUAUUUACGGGCGGAGAAAAAAAGGAAUACUCGAAAGAAAAAUAUGCCGCGUCGUGAAAUAGUCAUUAUCGGUAUCGUCGUUCUCACUUCGUGUCCUCGCUGCGAGACUACCAGUCUAAUGUGGCGUUCGAUUUUCCUCAAUUUCUCCGUCUCUCAAUAAAAAGUAUUUAUUAUUUGAGACAAUAAUAAUAAACGAUAUAUACGUGUAGAAACGAUAUAAACGUGUAGAAACUGUCGGGGAAGCGUAAUAUAAUUUUCUCGGGAAAAAUUCUUGUGAGGGAAGACUAUAAUGCAAAUUAUCUGCACGCGACUGAUGGCGAUCGAGGUAUAGGUAGCCGCCGCAGACCAGCAGCAGGAUGCACAUACUUCCAGUAUCGUUUGCGCUGCUCACCUACACCGGCUACUGGCGACCGGCGCAUUGGCCAGUUAGCUCCGUCAAGUAUUGGAUGUACAACGUUUACUCCAGCUUCAUGUUCACACUGCUGCAGUUAUUCGUUUUUUACGGACUGGUGGACACCUUCCUGUCGACGAGCCUGCAGGAAUUCGUGGACAAGUGUUUCCUGUUUCUCUCGAUCUUCGGUGUUUCCAUCAAGCUUAUCCAUCUCUUCAUACGUCGCCGACGGAUCAUCGGUCUGGACGAGAUGCUGCUGAAGGAAAAUUGCCUCCCUCGGGACGCCGACGAAGCGUCUAUUCGGCAGAAGUUCGAGCGAAACGCGAGACAAGUCACGAUCGUUUGCGAGAUCCUGAACGAGUCCUGCGCGUUUAUCCUGACCUUCGGGCAGUUUUACCCACUCCUGAAGACGCGUACCUUGCCGGUAUACGGUUGGACACCUUUUGAUCUUUCGUCCGUAGCAGUCUUCUUGCCUCUGCUGAUCUUUCAAUCGGUGGGUUUAUUGCUGUGCGCCAAUUCCAGCGUCGCGCACGAGACUUUAAUCUCCGGCCUGAUGAUUGAAAUCUGCGCUCAAUUCGAGAUUCUUUGUCAUCGCGCUCAUAUGUUGCCGACGUUGCUGAUGGAAGCUGAGAAAAAUAGUCAGUCGAAACAGGAUUUGAAAGCACGCGAAAGACUGAUUAUUCGUGAUUUGAUAGAGCAUCAUCUUUUCGUGUACAAAUUUGCACGUUCGGUUAACGCAAUCUUUACGUUCAUAAUGUUCGUCCAGUUCUCCAUAAUUUCUUUCAUUCUCUGUAUGAGUGUCUACAAGAUGUCCAAUAUGACGUCCUUAUUCACGGUCGACUUUGCGCAUAUUUUUUCAUACCUGGCGUCGAUGCUGAUGCAGAUCUAUCUUUACUGCUGGUACGGGAACGAAAUAACGUUGAAGAGUGUCGAGGUUUGUAAUGCCGUUUAUGAAAUGGACUGGACAAUGUUAAAAAUCCGAGUAAUAAAGGAUCUCACAAUAAUAAUGAUGCGUGCUGCUAAACCCUUCACGAUGUCGAGCGGUUACAUAGUCACUUUAACAACCGAAUCCUUCAUGAGCAUUCUUAAAGUAUCCUACUCAGCGUACAACUUUCUAAAAGAUUCAUAGAAAAGAAGAAAGUGUGUUAGUGAUUAAUAGCUCACAAAUUAGUAGCUUCUUCACAAACACACAUUGUCUGCAUUUAGGAAAUCCCUUCUCGCAGCUUUAAUAAAAUUAAAAUAUACA